AUGGCUGAUAUGUGCUUGUUUGGAACAGUGACUCGCUCCCACAAGUUCAACGACAAGGACCACCAGGGCCUGGCUGACGGCACCGCCGCGCCUGAGGAGCACCUUCCUCGCUACUUCGCCAAGCACGGCCAUGCUGGCGAGGAUCCCAAGAAGACAAAGAAGAACGGCGGUGGAAAGGCCAACUGGGGUGGUGUCGGCGAAGAGGUCGUCGAUGAUCAGUUCAACUUCACCAAUGCCCGUCGCCGCUCCAACAGCAGCGGCUACUACGACGGCAAGGUCGACUUCAAGACCAAGUUCGAGUUCAACGAACCCGAGCCCGUCUUCGAGGAGAACCUCCACGGGCCUGAGCCCGGUGAUGAGGAGCUCGUCAAGACGGAGACCGCUUCCAGCGGAAGCUCCCUCGAUGAGGAGAAAUCUGCCAAGAGCGUCUAA